CAUAUGAGCAGGAAGCAGAACCAGACGGGAUGGGGAGCAGAACAGGAGUGUGAUGAGCGGACACGACAGUGGAGAAGAGAAAGCUCGCUUCAAGAAUGUUGGGCACAUUCUCGAAGCCAUCAAGACGAGAACGGCCAAGCUGCCAGCGCGUCCAUCAUCCAAAAUAUUGCAGAUUUGUCAGCAAUCGAGAAGAGAGAAGCGCGCGCACUCGAGGUGGGGAAGAAGAGACAAUCUCAGCAUCACUUUCGCCCGACUUACGCGACAAAUGUGAUCCCAACACCCCAAAAGAAUGCGGGGCUUUCAGCUGCUUGUCGAAUGCUUCUCAACACGUCCCAAUUGGGUGUUCCGAGUGCGAGCACGCCCCAACAUGGUCCGAAGGGCCAGGACGUGGGAUAAGCAGCAGAUGCGUUCGUGUUGGAAAACCCUCCCCACCAGGUCGACUCUCUGGGUACCCAGUCCGACCAACCAGCUUGCCAGACGUGCAAGGCGUGCACAUCUCGAGAUAUGCGCCAAAGGAGGUGCCUGAGUGCGAGGCGAGGCAGAUAUGCGGUCAGCGGGCCGGAGGUGGCUUUGCACAUCGACGCUUCGGUGGAACUUACACGAGCAGCAACAACGCGAGGAGCACCAUAUGAAGAACGAUUCGCCAUUCCACCAGACUUCGAUAGUGCGAAAGAAGAGCGCUGAGGAAGUGCGACCAAAGCCGGAGAGAGGUCAGCGAGAUGUGGAAGUGUAGAGCAGUGACGAGGUAGCGGAAUGCGAUCGACGUCUAAUCGACUGGUGUCGACACUCACAGGAGCAGACCCAGAGCU